AGCGUGCUUUAUCAAUCAAUAAACGAAUAUAGCAAAUCAAUAUAAACGACACUAUACUUUAUACCAGAAGUCGGUUUCCGUGGCCUGCACGACCUGUGCACAAGUAGAAAUGCUGUGCCCCUUUGUGGUACACAGUGCAAAUCACGCGAACCGUGCAGAAGUAUAAAACAGCCUUUAAUUAUUAUGUAGUGUAGAUGUAACACAGCCAUUGUUCAUUCACAGUUGUCAGGGGUGUCAAUGUAACCGGUGUAGCUUCUGCGUUGUGUUGCGAUUAUGGAAUAAAUAAUAGCUGACCCAUCUCUCUCCUUCGUCUUGGAACUUUUUUUUAUUAUCCAACUCUUGACAGAAUUCCAAACAGGAUGUGAGGACAUGCAAGGGAAACAACGUAGGCAAACAAACGGUUUGGUUUCACUUUCGGUGAGUGGAUUCAAUAAAAGUGGAGCGCCUUUAUUCCAGAAGGCCAACUCUCGGGAUCGUUGCUGUGCCUGCUAAAAAAACUAAAAAAAAACUUUAAAAAAAAAACAAUGGCAGAAGGUUCUGGAAGCCACUUCAUCAGGGAUCUCACAGGAGAAAAGCUAAUGAAAGCAGAGGAAGUCAGAAACGCCGCUGUGCAGAUACUGAAAGAUGCGUUGGAGAAGGGCAUGUACGGACUCCCCGUCAGCUUCCACUAUACCUGUUCCGAGCCCGUCGACUCGUACAAGUUCUGCUGCAUCCCGGGGGAAGCUUUCCUGAGAGACCUGCUGGAGAAAUCGCAGAACGUGGCGUUCAAGGAGGACGUAGACCCGGAUUAUGCAGAUGUCUUCGCCUACGUUUAUCCUGGAAGCGACACCGUGUACCUGUGCGAGUUGUUCUGGGAGGCCCCGGACGACCUCUGCGAGGAUUCCAAGCCCGGCACCUUCAUCCACGAGGUGUCCCACCUGCUGGGCACGGAUGAUGUUCUGUAUGACCUGAUGGAGGUGGAGCUGUACGAGGACCACGGCACUCUGCUCGGGAGGUCCCAGAGGGUGGAGGGCCUCGACGGUAACGUGCACUACCGGGAGGAAGUGGCGCAGAUCAAUGCAAACAGCUUGGAGCACGAGUUCGAGACGGUGCUCAACCACCUGGAGGUUUACCGCGGCGGCAAGUACGCAUGCUGUGGCGAGACCAAGAAGCACUCUGUCUGCAGAAGCCGAUCCACCGGCCAUUACUACUUAUACGAGCGUUUCCAUUACCGCGCUACUGAAAUGGAAGGGAGGCUGAAAGAAGUGUCCCCAGCAGGGAUGCGACGGUACGCUAAAAUAAAAAACAAGGCGUGUAGGGUAACCUGCGCUUGAAUCACGAGUCGGUUAUCUUUUAACAAAUGUCUUCCACUGAUCUUUUAAAUUCGAGGGCCAAUGUAUCGGUUGUUCUCAACAGGGGGCCCGUGGCCCCAAAAGGGGGGCCUCAGGAGGUUGCCAGCAGGGGCAUUGAGAUGAUAUGAUUUAAUGAAACUAUUGAAAGCAUCAAUCGUGAAAGAUCAUUUCCAUAAAUAAUUAUUCCACUAAAUGCAUAACGCACAGCAAGUAAUUAAUAGUAUUGAAAUUAAUAGUAUUGAAUGAAAUAGUAUUGACUGACCGCAUUGGAGUGUGUACAGGUGAAGUUGUGUG